UAUUACGACUCCUGGGUUCCGUCGGGCGAAGUCCGUCACUUCGCGUUCCACGAACUCCCUGGGGACCCAACGAAGGAAUGUGGCUCCUUCUCCGGCGUGCUUAUCCCCUCCGGAUCUUGCUGCCACUGCGUGGAGAGUGGGUAGGUAGGAGAGGCCUGCCCCGAAGCUUGGCUCCAGGCCCUCCCCGAAGAAGGUACAGAAAAGAAGCGCUUCCAGCCUUAGAGGUACCAGUAUCACCUGUGACUACAACUGAAAUCCGCCAAUAUUUACGAGCACAUGGGAUCCCCUUCCAGGAUGGCCACAGCUGCCUUCGAGCACCAAGUCCCUUUGUGGCGCCCUCAGACAUCAAAAAUCAGAAGAAGGAUGCUACCACUUCCUUCUGCCUCUUCAUCGACAAGACCACAGGACACUUUCUCUGCAUGACCAGCCUAGCAGAAGGGAGCUGGGAAGACCUCCAGGCCAGUGUGGAGGGACGAGGCGAUGGGGCCAAAGAGGGAAUCCUACUUGGGGAGGGCCCAGAAGCUGAGGACAGGGAGGAGGUCUUGAGAAUCUGGAACCGAGCCAUACCUCUUUGGGAGCUGCCUGAUCCCCAGGAAACCCAGCUAGCUCGUGUGAUGUUUGGCCUUACCAAGGUGACAGAUGACACACUCAGGAGAUUCAAUGUCCGCUAUCUUCGAUCUACUCGAAGUCUGGUCUUCCCUUGGUUCACCCCUGGGAGCUCAGGAUUACGUGGCCUGAAGCUACUAGGGGUUGAGGGUCAGGAAAAUGGAGUACAGUAUGUAGAGACCACCAUUCCCCGGCCUGGUGUCUAUCACAACCUAUUUGGAUUACCCCUGAUUGGCCGUAGAGACGCUGAGGUGGUCCUGACAAGUCGAGAGCUGGACAGCCUGGCCUUGAGCCAGUCCACGGGGCUGCCAACCCUUUCCCUACCCCGAGGAACGGUCUGCUUACCCCCAGCCCUACUCCCUUACCUCGAACAGUUCCGGAGGAUUGUGUUCUGGCUAGGGGAUGACCUUCGAUCCUGGGAAGCUGCCAAACUGUUUGCCCGAAAACUGAACCCCAAGCGAUGCUCUUUGGUGAGGCCUGGGAACCAACAACCUCGUCCCCUGGAGGCCUUAAACCAAGGCUUAAGUCUUCCCCGUAUUCUCCGUACUGCCCUCCCUGCCUGGCACAAGUCUAUUGUGUCUUUUCGCCAGCUCCGAGAAGAGGUUUUAGGAGAGCUAUCAAAUGUGGACCAAGCAGCCGGUGUCCGUUGGAGCCGAUUCCCAGACCUUAAUCGUCUGCUGAAGGGUCAUCGGAAGGGCGAGCUGACGGUCUUUACAGGGCCAACAGGCAGUGGCAAGACAACAUUCAUCAGUGAGUAUGCCCUGGACUUAUGUACCCAGGGAGUGAACACACUGUGGGGUAGCUUUGAGAUCAGCAAUGUGAGACUAGCCCGGGUCAUGCUGACUCAGUUUGCUGUGACACGGCUAGAAGAACAACUGGACAAGUAUGAAGAGUGGGCAGACCGUUUUGAGGACCUGCCUCUCUAUUUCAUGACUUUCCAUGGACAACAGAGCAUCAGGUCUGUUAUAGACACAAUGCAACAUGCUGUCUACGUCUAUGACGUUUGUCAUGUAGUCAUCGACAACUUGCAGUUCAUGAUGGGUCAUGAGCAGCUCUCUACUGACAGGAUCGCAGCUCAAGACUACAUUGUUGGAGCCUUUCGGAAGUUUGCCACAGACAAUAGCUGCCACGUAACUCUGGUUAUUCACCCACGGAAAGAAGAUGACGACAAGGAACUGCAGACAGCAUCCAUUUUUGGCUCAGCCAAAGCCAGCCAAGAAGCAGACAAUGUUCUGAUCUUGCAGGACAGGAAGCUGGUGACUGGGCCUGGGAAACGGUAUCUGCAGGUGUCCAAAAAUCGGUUUGAUGGAGACGUAGGCGUCUUCCCACUUGAGUUCAACAAGAGUUCCCUUACCUUCUCCAUCCCACCUAAGAGCAAAGCCCGACUCAAGAAGAUCAAGGAUGACAAUGGACUAGUGGCCAAAAAGUCCUCCUCUGGAAAAAAAGGGUCUGCGCACCAGAACUCUGAGACUUGCAUAGGCCAGGACCCCUGCCAGCCAGAUACCUCCACGUCCUCAAGGUGAAUGUAGUCAGAGCUGCUUGCUGAAGUGACCCUGGUGAACCAGGCUGACACAGACUCUUGGCCUUCUGCUGGGGCUCUUCCAUAUAGUCUUGCGUGAGCCUUUCCCAGCCCAGGGCUCGGUUCCAUGGUGAAAAGUGUAAUUCAGCAGCUACUAAGGCUCUCCUAUAUGCUGGUUCAGGUUUUUUCCCCAUAGGUUUUCAUGUAUAUCACUGAAAAGACAAAGUCUGUUUCCAAAGAACCAGCAUCUUGGGGUUGGGGAUUUAGCUCAGCGGUAGAGCGCUUGCCUAG